UACAUUGGUGUGUAUGGUAUAUUUGGCAACAUGUAUAGUGAAAAGUAGCCAAUAAUGCCCUAUAAUCUUUAUCAGCAAUCCGACGAACAACUCAACUCUAGGAGGGUCUGCAAUGGAGUCGACAACAGUCCUCUGCUUCCUCUUCUUCUUCAUCAUCCACACCAUCACAGCCUCACCACCACCUCUCCUCCCAAAACAAGCCCUCCCCACCAAGUCAGGCUACCUUCCAGUCAACCCCACCACAACCUCAGCAAUAUUCUACACCUUCUAUGAAGCCCAGAACCCAACUUCACCUCUCUCCCAAACCCCACUCCUCAUUUGGCUCCAGGGCGGCCCCGGCUGCUCCUCCAUGGUCGGCAACUUCUUCGAGCUCGGUCCCUGGCGCGUCAAUUUCCACAAACACCCCUCUGAUCCCCUCACCUUGGAACCCAACUCCGGUUCCUGGAACCGCAUCUUCGGCUUGGUUUUUCUCGACAAUCCCAUCGGAACCGGGUUCAGUAUAGCUUCCACACCCGAAGAGAUUCCAAGAAACCAGUUUGCGGUUGCACAACACCUGUUCGCUGCAAUUACCGAGUUCAUUGAGCUUGAUCCUGUGUUUAGGUCGAGGCCUGUUUACAUCACUGGGGAGAGCUAUGCAGGCAAGUAUAUUCCGGCAAUUGGGUACUACAUUUUGCAGAGGAAUAUUGAUGCUGAGAGUUCUGGGUCCGAUCGGCAUGUGAAUUUGGCUGGGGUUGCUAUAGGAAAUGGGGAGACAGACCCGGUGAUCCAAGUGAAAACUCAUGCUGUAAAUGCUUACUUUUCGGGUUUGAUCAAUGAGAGGCAGAAGAGGGAGGUAGAGGAACUUCAAUUUGAGGCAGUGGAUUUCUCUAGAGCUGGGAAAUGGAGCGAGGCGAAAAUUGCAAGAAGCAGAGUGUUGGAUAGGUUGCAAGACAUGACCGGGUUGCCCACUUUGUAUGAUAUCAGAAGGAAUGCUAGCUAUGAAACGCAUUUGGUUGGGGAGUUAUUGAGGAAUGAGGAGGUGAGGAAGGCUUUGGGGGUGUCGAAUGAGUCCAUAGUUUUCGAGGAAUGUAGCCAUUUGGUGGGGGAGGUAUUGCAUGAGGAUAUGAUGAAGAGUGUGAAGUACAUGGUGGAAGAGUUGGUGAGGAAGAGCAAGGUUUUGUUGUACCAGGGGCAGUUUGAUAUGAGAUGCGGCGUGGUUGCGAAUGAGGCUUGGGUGAAGACCAUGAAAUGGGAGGGGAUAGAGAGGUUUCUGUCGGCGGAUAGGAGAGUUUGGAGAUUGGGUGGAGAGGUUGCCGGUUAUGUUCAGAAAUGGGGGAGUCUGAGCUUUGUUUUGGUCUCAGGGGCUGGUCAUCUUGUGCCUGCUGACCAGCCAUUAAGAGCUCAAGCAAUGAUUGAAGACUGGGUUUUGGGUAAAGGGUUGUUUGCCAAUGUGGAGGAGCAUAACCUGUCAUCAAUAUGAACCAAAAACAAUAUUGUUUAUUGUUGUAUUAGACAGUAAUCAGGUUAAGCUGUUCAGCAUAUCAUAUAUGUUAGUCCUAGACUCCUAGAUUGAUUUUGCUAA